AUGAAGCUACUUCUAUUCGCAGCGCUUUGUUGUUGUUGUGGCAGCGUCCCGCUACCCGUUCCUCUGGAGGAGGAAUUCAAUCUGCCAGGAUUCAACGCGAAACAAGAGAACCACGAGGAGAAAUUUCUGCGCGUUGAUAGCAACAGGGACAAAAAGUUGGAUUUCGGCGAAUUCCUGCAUAUGGAAUUGGCGUACGUCGAUGCGAAAAAGGAGGAAUUUGACUCUUUGGAUAAAGACAAAGAUGGUAUCGUCACCCAAAAGGAAUACGAAGAACACUACCAUGGAGUGACGAGUCGAAGCGAAGCGCGACGUUCCGAGUAUUUUGCAAAAGUUUUCCAGGAUUUCGACGAAGACUUUGACAUGUCCCUCAACCAGGAUGAAAUGGAACGAGUGCUUGCUGAGCGAUUUUUGGUAAAACCAAGAGAGAACUUUCCCAAACUUUUCUACGAAUUUGACCACGACCAUAGUGGGGGUCUAGAUCUCACAGAGUAUAUGAAAUUCGACGCCAGCUUCCCUUUUGACCAGACCGAUGCAAUCUCCGAGGAUUCGACUAAAAACCAGAAGACAACUGGACGGAAAAGUUCUAAUCGAGGUCCUGCAGUGGCAAAGGUAGCCCCGAUUUCAGCGCACCUGGACAACAAGGAUGCCCAAGCCGUCGCAAUGGUUGUGGCGCAGGCCUCCCCCACUUUGACAAAGAACGCUGUUCCGCGCACGGCGCACGCACCAAACGCAGUUUCUAUUCAACAGAAGGUUGCUCUUCCCGCUGUUCUCGGACUCCACCCUGUUGAGCCAGGACCCUCUCGUUCGGCAGAACCUAUCAGGAAGAUUGCCAAAGCUGCAAAGUCCAUCUGA